UCACCUCUAAUUCUUUCCUUUCCACGUGUGACGACAACUGGUAAUAUCCGCUGAGGCACUUUUGCAAAGGUUUUUUCAAAUUAUUAAACAAUGUCGGAAACUUCAGAAGACGAAGCCCAAUUGCACAACAGCGACGAGGAAGAAGAGGAGGAUUUAGAGAGCGACGAUAAUGCUGAUGAAGAAGAUGAAGAGGGAGACAAUAUAUCUAGCGAAGAGGGUGCUACUACGGCGGAGAAUGGCAGCGAACAGAAGUUAACUUGGAAAGAUCUUGGACUCAACGAAACUUUGUGCCAGGCCUGCGAAGAGCUAAAAUGGAAGGCACCCUCCAAAAUCCAAAAAGAGGCUAUUCCAGUAGCAUUGCAGGGAAAAGAUGUAAUCGGUCUAGCUGAAACGGGUUCUGGGAAAACGGGGGCCUUUGCUCUACCCAUAUUGCAGGCUUUGCUAGAGAAUCCACAGCGUUACUUCGCCCUGGUGCUAACGCCCACUCGAGAAUUGGCCUUCCAGAUAGGUGAACAGUUCGAGGCAUUGGGCAGCGGAAUUGGCAUUAAAUGUUGUGUUGUUGUCGGCGGUAUGGAUAUGGUCGCUCAAGGGCUUCAAUUGGCCAAAAAACCUCACAUUAUCAUUGCCACACCUGGAAGAUUGGUUGAUCAUUUGGAGAAUAUGAAGGGAUUUAAUCUAAAGGCUAUCAAAUAUUUAGUCAUGGACGAAGCCGAUAGAAUUUUAAACAUGGACUUUGAAGUGGAACUCGAUAAGAUCCUCAAAGUGUUGCCACGUGAGCGUCGAACAUUUUUGUUCAGUGCCACAAUGACAAAGAAAGUCAAAAAGUUGCAGCGUGCGUCUCUUAAGGACCCGGUUAAAGUGGAGGUCUCGAACAAAUACCAAACAGUUGAGCAACUGCAGCAAUCCUAUCUCUUCAUUCCCGUCAAGUAUAAGGAUGUCUACCUUGUUCACAUACUGAACGAACUGGCCGGCAAUAGCUUUAUGAUCUUCUGCAGCACAUGCAAUAAUACCGUAAAAACAGCCCUGAUGUUACGCGCCCUUGGACUGGCAGCCAUUCCACUGCAUGGUCAAAUGUCUCAGAACAAACGAUUAGCUGCUCUCAACAAAUUUAAGGCGAAAAAUCGUUCAAUACUUAUUUCCACGGAUGUGGCUUCGCGCGGUCUGGAUAUUCCCCACGUGGAUGUUGUCGUAAAUUUUGAUAUACCAACCCACAGUAAGGACUAUAUUCAUCGUGUGGGUCGGACAGCUCGUGCCGGACGUUCGGGAAGAGCCAUCACCAUGGUCAGUCAGUAUGAUAUUGAGCUGUAUCAGCGAAUCGAACAUCUGUUGGGUAAACAGUUGCCACUCUAUAAAUGCGAAGAGGAUGAGGUAAUGGCCUUGCAAGAGCGGGUGGCUGAGGCCCAACGAACAGCCAAGUUGGAGCUAAAAGAUAUAGAAGAAAAUCAGAAAGGCGGUGGCAAAGGACGAAAACGAGGCGCUGGAGAUAAUCAGGACGACUCUGAACACUUUACUGGAGCACGCAAACGUAUGAAGCCGAUGGGGGGUAAUGUAGGAUCAGGGGGUAAAAAGAACUUUGGUAAGAAGAAUUGGAACAAGGGCAAACAAAAGAGAUAAUAAAUUAAUGUUAAGGCUUAUAACGUACUUUAAGUUUAAUUUGUAAUAACAAGAAAUACAAAUAAGAAAAUAUAGUAUCUCUUUUUUUAAUUAUUCUGCAA